UAAUAUGUAUCUCGUCAAAUACAGUGAAACCGCUUUCUGUGGGUGUUUCGAUGGUUUGUACUGUUGCAGGUGUGACGUCAUGGGAUUCAGGCGAGUCGAGAUCAGUGGAACCCUACUCGGAGAAGAAGGAUGUUGCUGCUCCUACCGCCGUGGCGGCGCCUGAUGAUAAUAAUGGUUCGAAGGGCAAGCGGAUAAACGACGCCGCCAUCUCCAGAACCAGAGGAGGAGGAGGAAUCUCGCCGGCGGCGGCUGCUGCGACCUUACGGCCUUUUUCUAAUAAGUACUACCCUGAUUGCAAAGAUAACCUCGGCCGCGCGCUCUGUAAUGCAGAUUAUGAUUGCGACCUAUUCAUGCCGUGCGACACAGGGACCAAAUGUGUGAAAGGAUGCUGCUACUGUAACUAGUUUUGCUCUGCUGGGAGAAUCGUAAUCCGAAUUGGUCGCCAUGGCAUCAACGAAUCGACAGGAAAAAGAAAAGAAGAAAAAAACAUGGUUUUCGUACUCGGAGAGAAGCACAAGGUAUCUGGACGGAUUUGCACUCGUUCUGAAGAUUGGGACCCAUUCUGUACUUUUGUUUCCUUUUUAUAAUGGAAAAUGGUGUGCUUAAAAGAAAUCCCGAACUUUAUAUAUUAAUGAAUGUAGAGGUCUUCA